UAUUAAUCGUGCCCCGUCCUUCCUAUAAUUGUAUGAUACCCGAUAGAACGACCCAUAGACACACACCGCCGCAAUGCGAUUGACCGUCGAGCUUAUCCAAAAUUCCCUGUCGUACAUCAACCCGCUCAAGGAUCGCGAAUUAGAUCUCCGAGGGCACAAAAUACCCGCGAUCGAGAACUUGGGUAUUGCCAAGGAUCAAGAUGCAAUCGAUUUCACAGAUAACGAUAUCUCCACCCUUGGGAAUUUCCCGUUCUUUCCCCGCCUUCACACCCUACUCCUCGCCCGGAAUCGAGUCAAGCACAUCCAGCCCACUCUAGCAACCUCCGUGCCGAACCUGGCCAACCUUGUAUUAACAUCGAACCAUAUGACUGAGCUCGCCGACUUGGAUCCUCUGCGCAACCUGACGAAGUUGACCCAUUUGGUGUUGUUGGAGAACCCUAUCACCCGGAAAGAGCACUACCGGUACUGGGUCAUCUGGAGGAUCCCCAGCGUGCGCUUCCUGGAUUACCAGAAGAUAAAGGAUGCCGAGCGUGAAAAGGCCCAGGAACUCUUCGGAACCGCCGAGGAACCAUCGGCACUAGCCUCCAAGAUCAUGGGCAUCAAGUCCCGCACAUUCGACGUCCCAUCCGGAAGCCUAGCCGACCGGGCACCGGCCGACAAGGCCGUCAGGGUCCAACUCACCGAGGCCGAGAGAAAACGUGUCGAGAAGAUGAUCCGCGAAGCAAGGAGCUUACAAGAGAUCGCGAGACUGGAAAAGGAAUUGAACGAAGGGCGGAUACCCGGCGGCGCGCUCGAUGCGGUCGAGGACCCGGAUCAAAUGCAGACAUAA